AUGACGCCUCGCUGCUCCUUCACUACCAUCACCUUCGCCGACCCAUUGAUUGUGUGCCACGAAGGGCGGCAUAGGCAGCGAGAGGUCGAUACUAGGUUAAUCUGCGAACCGGGCAAUCUGAUUCACUGUUAUUCCGGCAGCGAGAUUUUAUACAAUCAAGCCGGCCUGCGACAUAAGCGGUGUCCAUCUGGCGCAUGGAACACUAUACGAAACUGGAGCCUAGAGCUCAUUGACGAGGCUGGUGAUAUCAUCAAGGCAGGCGACGUGGCUGCUGAGCUGCCAGGAGGUAGAGCAAAGAACUGCCAAGGCAGACGAUGGGCCCUGUACACUACAUGGCGUCCAUUGAAACCUGUCAAGCGGGAUCCAAUGGCCUAUGUCGACUACUGGACAGCUGAUGAGCAAGACGGCGUAAGCUUCUGGCGUAACUCGCCCGGGGUGCAUGGGACAUUUGAGUUGGAUGUACUGCUGACCAAGGCUAAUCCCAAGCACAAGUGGUACUGGAUUAGUGACCAGACUCCAGAUGAGGUUCUUCUUAUGAAGAUCACGGAUACCGAGAGUGAGAAGAACGGGAGUGAUGUCGCGGGAGGGGUUCACCAUUGUUCGUUUCAUCUGCCGGGCACUGAGGAUGAAGAAGCGAGGGAGAGCAUUGAGACCAAGUUCAUUACAUUCUGGUAA